GAAAAGAGGAGCUAGGUGGUCUCGCAAUCUAGAUGGUACACAUUAGGCCUUCUCUUUUUUUAACUAAACUUACGAAGUUAGAAAGUCAUCCGAAGCUUAAACUUAGUAGCAUGUCACAGCAUAUCAAGCUCGGAGACUUUUCAUGGACGUACGGAACGCUGUAAACGGCUUCGGAGACUUCUGGGACGAUCUACAUGCAGCUAAGGUUGUGGUCAACGAUUUCGGACCAAUCUGAUUCGUCGAAGAGCUUAUGCAUCUUUCCGAAUUCUCAUUUUCGACUUCCACCAUGGCCUCUCCAAGCGCGCCCAAACCUGCAAGCACAGGAUCAGCGGAUCCGCCACAAGGAAAAGAGACAGAUUCUCCGGGCUCCGCAAGCUACUCUGCAAGCUGCCACUGCGGUGCUAUCUGCUUUACCGUUACCCUCACACAACCACUUGCACAGCAGCAACCCAUCUCCUGCAACUGCACCAUCUGCAGCCGCAACGGGUAUUUAUUGGUCUACCCGCUACGCAGCAAUCUCGUCAUAACACAGGGCGCCGAUGUCUUAAAGUCAUACUCCUUUGGCCGCAAACGGAACUUGCAUCAGUUCUGUGAACGGUGUGGGAGUAGUGUGUUUUUUGAUCCAAGGAUGGCCGAGCAUGGCGAGAGCCCAGAUUUAAUGGGCGUGAAUGUGAGGAUGUUUAAAGAUAUCAAGCUAGACGAGCUCAAACUCAAGCAUUUUGAUGGGUUGAACAUAUGGCCGUUUAUAGACUCUUCAGCCUGAAUACAUGCUGGCCUAUGCUCUGAAGAGUCGGAGCAUAUUGAGACGAAAUGUGGGCC